UAAUUGUCACAUAAUCAUUCAGAGAUAGAAUAGAAAUAGUUCUGUGUGAGUCAUGGAGGAGGAGGGGUCCUUUACCCACUGCAUUUGAAUUACUGCCUGCAUAUGGAGAGGCAGCUUAUUCCUAUCGGAAGCCCGGAGGCUUCUCUGAGUGUCCGCAACCUUUGCUGGGUCCCUCGGGCAAAAGGACCUUCGGUCCUAGGUGUGCUCGGAGCUGCAGCCUUAGAGUAAUCUUAGGCUGCUUCUUCCCUGACUCUGUCUGCCUCGUCUUGCCUCAGGGUCUGCCUGGGCUGGGAGGAUGGCUGCUUAGCCCUGCUGGGAGUUUCACUUCCUCCCUAGUUGGGGCUCACACCCACAGCAGGAGCGAGCACUGCCAGCCGGGGCUGUUUUUGUCCCGGUGGCAAAUGACCCAGCGAGCAGCAGGGAGAUCUUGUCCUGCUCACUCCCUUCAUCUCCAACCCACCUGGUAGUGGAGAGGCAGCUCGAAUGGGCAGAGUCGAAGCUAGAGAAAGAAAUAUGAGCCACUUGGACGACUCCGAGGGAGAAGCCGAGAAACUCCAGGAGUUGGGAUGGUAUCAUGGUAAUCUCACUCGCCAUGCAGCAGAAGCACUUCUUCUCUCAAAUGGAAGUGAUGGAAGUUACCUCCUAAGGAAAAGUAAUGGUCUAUACUCUCUGUCAGUGAGAGCCAAAGAGUCUGUCAAACAUUUCCAAGUAAUAUACACAGGCUAUUCAUUCAAGUUUGGUUUUAACGAGUUCUCAAGUUUGAAGGAAUUUGUCAAUCAUUUUGCAAACCAGCCUUUGAUUGGAAGUGAAACAGGCACCUUGAUUGUCCUGAAACAUCCCUAUCCGUACCAAGUAGAAGAGCCAUCCAUCUACGAAUCAGUCAGAGUUCACACAGCAAUGCAGACGGGAAGGACAGAAAGUGACCUGGUACCCACAGCUCCUUCACUGGGCACCAAGGAAGGAUACCUAACGAAACAAGGAGGUCUAGUGAAGACUUGGAAAACCAGGUGGUUCACUUUGCAAAGGAAUGAACUGAAAUACUUCAAAGACCAAAUGACACCAGAGCCAAUUCGAACACUAGAUCUAACAGAAUGCUCAGCUGUGCAGUUUGAUUACACACAGGAAAAAGUCAACUGUUUCUGCUUAGUAUUUCCAUACAGGACUUUUUAUUUAUGUGCAAAAACAGGAGUAGAAGCAGAUGAGUGGAUUAAAAUACUCCGAUGGAAAAUGUCACAAAUAAGGAAGCAACUGGCACAGGAUGGUAGCAGUAUGAGGUCUCAGUCCUUUUUAAAGCAAUCCCUUUCUGAAAAGUGAUGAUUGCUCUUCCCCAGAGGCAGGCUGCUUCCACUGUUGUAAAUGCUGAUGGACUUACAAGGAAAUCUAACUCCAGGGACAAAGAAUGGGUGCCUGGUUAGAUUCUCUGAGAAUACAACACAUUGCUGAGGCACAGAAAUGGCUGCUCUGUCCAGAUACUGCUAUCUCCUGGAAUUGGCACACUCAAUUAUUGAUUUGGUGGAAACAGGCAUUUGACAAUAAAAAUAGCUCACUUUUACACAGUGCUUAAAGUUUUGCAAAGCACUGAACACAUUCUCUUCUUUCAUUCUUAUAAUAUUCCCAUGAAGGAGGUGCUACUAAUUUCCCGAUUUUCAGAUGAGAAAACUGAAGCUCUGAGAAGUCAUAUGACCUGCCCAGAUUCAUGCAAUUAGUAAAUUCUCCAAAGUAGAAUUUGAACUUCUGGACUAUACCUUUGCUGCAUGAUAUCAUCUUAAAACUUUGGAAAACACUUCUCCAGAAUUCAAUGUUCUUUUCUUUCUGGUUGUGACUGCCAAACUUAGAAGAAUUAGAGUAAACAUGUUUAGCAGGCAGUUCCUCUAUUUUACCUAUCUGGGAAUAGGAUAACUUUUUUUUUUUUUGGCUGAGGCAAUUGGGGUUAAAUGACUUGCCCAGGGUCACAUAGCUAGGAAGAAUUUAGUGUCGAGACCAGAUUUGAACUCAGAUCCUCCCUACUUCAGGGCUGGUGCUCUAACCACUGCACCACCUAGCUGCCCCAUUCCUGUUUUUUUUAAAAUGAUGUUGUUCACUUUGUCCAACUCCUUGUGGCUCUAUUUAAGGUUUUCUUGGCAAAGCUACUGGACUGGACUGAUUUGCCAUUUCCUUUCAGUAAGCAUUUAUUAAGUAUCCACUAUGUUGUGAGAACAGUAAUGGGAAUUAGAACAGAUUUCAAAUAUUUUGAUAAAAAUUUUUUUUUCAAAAAUUAAAACCUGAAAGAUAACACAAAUUUACAGCUUUGAAAUCUACUUUUUUUUUUUUUUUAAAAAGAAUGAUAAAACAAAACAAAGCAAUAGAAACACUUUUUUAUGUUUUUCUAUGGGUGGUUGUCUAUAUAGUGGGAAAGUAUCAUGUCAGAAACCAACAAAUUAAGUAGCAUUUUGCUGGAACUUGACUGUCAAAAACAAGAGUUCCAUUGCAAGGAUUAAAUAAAUUCAUCAUGACAGAUUCUCCUUGAUUUAGAUCAAAAGAAAUAUCAAAGACUUAUUAUUUAUAGCUCUCUCCCACAGU